AGCACAUACGACGCCUGCUAACAGCGAUUGUGCACUUGUUCAUGUGACCAGUGCUUGCUGUACCAAACUACUGCGUCUCUUUUCUGUCUCCCUCUCUCUCUGCAUUUCCAUGUAAUUUGGGUCAAAUAGAAUUCCCAACAGAAUCCCUCUCUCUUGCCAUCCCAUAAUCAAUCUGUGCUCUUUUGGGUUUUGCUCAUAAAAUCCAUGAGAGUAAGCAAUGCAGGGGAAACUGGGGCAAUCAUUUCCUACCCGUUUUCCCAGUUUUGACAAGUUUGGAUUUUGAGUUUUUUGUGGUGAAAAAAGAUAGCACAGAUUGGGAAAGUUGGUGUUUUGGCUCUUUGUUUUGUGUUUGUAGGCCCAAAAUAUUUCAGUUUUGGCGGUGAUAAAAAAAACCCAGAUCAUUAAUUGUUGGGUUUUAUUAACCUAUUAAUUUUGUGUUGGUGUUAAAAGCUUCACGGUGUUGCUGCUGCUGCUCCUGCUGCCCCCACCUCUUAUUGCUGGUUUUCUAUAACAGUUAGCUUGUAGCUCUUUUUACAGUAGAAAAAAAAAAAAAAAAGAGCUAAGAUAUUGUUUGCUUUCCUUUUGUGUUUUUUGUGUAAUUUCAUGAAAGUGAGUGUUGUGAUUCUGUUCAAAAAGGGAAACUCAUUCACUACAGGUCCAAGUGAUGGCCUUUACUUUCUAUUAACUAGGUUUUUUUUUUUUUUUUUUUUUUGUAUUUUUGAUAAUACUAAGCAUUACCUGCUUCUCUUUCCUCUACGGACUACCAUUUUAGAACCAAAUUUUCUCUGAAAUUUCCAAUCUUGGAGGCUGUUUCUGCUUCAGUAAGAUCAUGCUGCUGCCUCUGAGAGUCAAACCCCAUCUGGGUUUUUGGUGUUUGAGAAAUAGCAGCCUGUAUUUGAGCUAAAAACAGCAGGUCUUCUGAGUUUUCUGGGGAAGUUUUUUGACAAAAGAGUAGAAACCGAGAUUUGGGUUCUGCUGCUCGGAAGUGAGUAAAUCAAAGGAAGAUUUUAUCUAUAUCUGGUGGUGAUUGAGUGGCUUUUGUUUCAAUUUCCAAAGUCAAAGACUCAAAGUUUAAAGCUUUGGAUAUGGCGGUGCCAGAGAACCUGAGAAAACAGCUUGCGCUUGCUGUGAGAAGCAUCCAGUGGAGCUAUGGAAUCUUCUGGUCCAUUUCAGCCAGGCAACCAGGGGUGUUAGAGUGGGGUGAUGGGUACUACAAUGGAGAUAUAAAGACCAGAAAAACAGUUCAAGCCAUAGAACUCAAUGCUGACCAAAUGGGUUUGCAAAGGAGUGAGCAACUGAGAGAACUUUAUGAGUCCCUCUCAGCGGGUGAAGCAAGUCCGCAGGCUAGAAGGCCUUCAGCAUCAUUAUCACCCGAAGAUCUCGCUGAUACUGAGUGGUAUUACCUAGUUUGUAUGUCGUUCGUCUUCAACAUUGGCCAAGGGUUGCCUGGAAGAACAUUAGCAAAUGGUAAACCUACCUGGCUAUGCAAUGCUCACUAUGCGGAUAGUAAAGUGUUUUCUCGUUCACUACUAGCAAAGAGCGCAUCCAUUCAGACUGUUGUAUGCUUUCCUUUUUUGGGAGGAGUGAUCGAGAUCGGUGUGACUGAGCUGGUUCUGGAGGACCCUAGUCUCAUUCAGCAUGUUAAAACAUCUUUCUUGGAGGCUCCGUAUCCAAUAAUAGCUUCCAAGAGAACCAAUCCUAGUGCAGGAAGCACAAGAAACGACAAUGAUCUUGCCUGCGCCGUGCUUGAUGAUGAUGUGGUUGACACCAAAUUCAUUCCUGUUGUAGGAUGCCAAGAAAUGGAUGUGACUUCACCCGAUGACAGUUCAAAUUGUUUGGGUCGUCCGAAUCAACCAGUUGAUGAUUCAUUCAUCGCUGAAGGGAUGAACAGGGGAGCCUCUCAAGUGCAAAGCUGGCAGUUUAUGGACGACGAGAUAAGUAAUUUUGUGCAUCAUUCCAUGGAUUCCAGUGAUUGUAUAUCUCAGACUUUGGUGUACCCAGAAAAGGUCCUCUUCGGUCCUAAGACUGAGAAGGUAAAUGAUCACUGUCCGCAUGAACUUAAAGAGUGCAAUAACACAAAAAUGACCUCUUCGGAAACUCAAGGCAAUGACUUGCAGUAUCAAAGUGUUCUUUCUGCCCUUUUAAAGAGCUCACACCAAUUGGUUUUAGGGCCACACUUCCGGAAUUCUCAUCAGGAAUCCAGCUUUGCCAGUUGGAAGAGAGGGUGGUUUGUAAAAUGUUGGACACAAAGAAGUGGAACACCACAAAAACUACUGAAGAAGAUUUUGUUUGAAGUUCCUCAGAUGCAUGUUGAUUGUGUGCUAGUGUCCCCAGCAGAUAAAAGCAAUGUAAAUGGAGUUUGGAGACCAGAGGCCGAUGAAAUUGGUACGAACCAUGCAUUAUCUGAGAGGAGGCGAAGGGAAAAACUGAAUGAAAGAUUUUGCAUUUUGAAAUCAAUGGUUCCCUCAGUUAGCAAGGAGGACAAAGUAUCCAUAUUAGAUGAUGCAAUAGAGUAUUUGAAAGAUCUUGAGAAAAGGGUUGAAGAGUUGGAAUCGUUACGGGAACCAACAGAUUCAGAAGCAAAAAUCAAGAGGAAACUCCAAGAUACAGUUGAAAGAACAUCUGACAACUGUUGCAACACCAAAAUUAGCAACGGGAAGAAGCCCAUAGUUUAUAAGAGGAAGGCCAGUGACAUGGAUGAAACAGAACCAGAAAUCAAUCACAUUGUAUCGAAGAACAGUUCAAGUGACAAUAUUACAGUGAAUAUGACCAACAAGGAUGUUCUAAUAGAGAUGAAGUUUCCUUGGAGGGAAGGAGUGUUGCUAGAGAUCAUGGAUACCACAAGCCGGCUUCAUUUAGAUACUCACUCAGUUCAAUCAUCCACCGCAGAUGGGAUUCUUUCCCUGACCAUUAAAUCCAGGUUCAGGGGGACGAGUAUUGCAUCAACGGGCACAAUCAAGCAAGCACUUCACAGAAUUGCCAGAAGUUGAUGUAUCUCGCGUUCUUAGUGAUCUCUCGAAUCCUGUCAUUGUACAAUUGCAUAACGUUGAAAGGAUCUGUAGAUUGACGGUGUAAGAACCAUGACUCUGAGGAUUUUUUUUUCCUGCUGGAAGUAGUCGUCGUCAUAUUCUAGUGAAAGGAAUUAAGGACUUGUGUUAAAUGCAUAAUUUUCUUCAAGAAUUUAUUUAUAUGUGAUUCUGUACCUAAGAAACCUGACCUGUAGCUUGGAGUUUUAAGGCAGCAUUUCCUUCAGCACA